AUGGCUUUCCACAAGGUGACCUGCGUGGUGGCUCUGCUGACUCUCCUGACACAAGAGUCGCUCUCGCAGUUAGACGUGUGCGGCCAGCCUGCGCUCACCUCCAGGAUUGUCGGGGGACAGGAGGCCCCUGAAGGCAGCUGGCCCUGGCAGGCCAGUCUGCACCAGUUUGGGAGUCACUUCUGUGGAGGGUCCCUCAUUAACAGAGAAUGGGUGCUGACUGCUGCUCACUGCUUGUCCAGCACCAGCACAGUCGGCCUGCUCGUCUAUCUGGGUCGCCAGAGUCAGCAGGGGACGAACGCCAACGAGGUGUCGCGGACAGUGACGCGGAUCAUCAAUCAUCCCGGCUACGACUCCGAGACCGUCGACAACGACAUCUCCCUCCUGAAGCUCUCGUCUCCGGUGACUUUCAACAACUACAUCCAGCCCGUGUGCCUGGCAGCGCCGGGCAGCAGCUUCCACAGCGGCACUGACACCUGGGUCACCGGCUGGGGCCGCAUCGGAUACGGAGUGCCUCUUCCUUUCCCACAAAACCUGAUGGAGGUGGAGGUGCCGAUCGUGGGGAACAGACAGUGUAACUGUGACUAUGGGGUGGGCUCAAUCACAGACAACAUGAUCUGCGCCGGGCUGCGUGCUGGGGGAAAGGACUCUUGUCAGGGGGAUUCGGGGGGUCCGAUGGUGAGCAAGCAGGGCGGUCGCUGGAUCCAGGUGGGAGUCGUGAGUUUUGGAAAAGGUUGUGCACUGCCUAAGUUCCCAGGAGUCUACGCCAGAGUGUCCCAGUAUAAGUCCUGGAUCAACGGCCACAUCGUCAGCAACCAGCCGGGCUUCGUCACCUUCACGUCCACCGGGACCGACGGUGACCUCAGCGUCACCUGCGCCGGCCUGUCACCGCCGACAACCACCCUCGCUCCGACAACCACAGCCAAACCUGUGGUCUGCGGUCAAGCCCCGCUGAACUCCCGCAUAGUGGGAAGCAGCUCGGUGGCGACUGCCGGCCUGUGGCCCUGGAUGGCGAGCCUGCAGGUGAAUGGAAGCCAUGUCUGCGGUGGGACUCUGGUGGCCGAGGGCUUUGUGUUGAGCAACGCCAACUGCUUCUCAAGUUCUCCCGUCGCGUCUGAAUGGACGGUCGUUUUGGGGCGUUUGAAGCAGAAAGGAUCCAACCCGUUUGAGGUGACGCUGAAUGUGACAAAUAUCACUCUGAGCAACCUCACCGGGUCUAAUGUGGCAGUGCUGCGUCUGGCAACCCGACCCACUCUGUCCAACUACAUCCAGGCCAUCUGCCUGGACAACGGGCGAACCUUCCCCGUGGGCUCGACGUGCUGGGCUGCCGGCUGGAGCGCCGGGCGAGGAGGAGAGGAACAAGAUCUGCAGGAGUUCCAGACCUCGGUGGUAAACUGUGGGAACACGUCAACGAGUGACAGCAUCUGUACCGGAUCUUUCACACUGGAGCAGGGGGACUCUGGCGACCCGUUGAUGUGCGAGCUGGACGGCUCUUGGUUCCAGGCUGCGGUGUUAUCAGCUGAAAACAACGGCACCCGUCAGACACGAGCAGAUUCAGUGAGGGUCCUCCCCAAACUGAGCCGCUUCCAGGACUUCCUGUCGCAGACGGUGGGGACGUUCUUGUCUCCAAACUCCGACGACAACAACAGCACAUCUACCACCAACCAGACCACCACCGACGGGGUUGCUCCUGCUCACUGCUCCAUCCUUUUAGUCCUCCACCUCCUCGUCUUCUCCGUGUGUCUCCACCUCUUCAUAUAGACGUUCUAAUUUAUCUGUAAAAAGGGAUUUACAUGAUGUCACAAACACAAAUGAAUGUAAACCGCCUGAGACAGCUCAGCCUCCGCCACAGAGGAGGCGGAGGCUGAUGGGAAUGUUAUCAGUUGUGCAGGUAUUUGCUCAUAAACCGAAGCACUGGGUGUGUUAAAAUGUUGACCUGAUGAUGACGCUGGAUGAGAAGUCAGAGGAUCAACAGUUACAACAGUUCAGGAAACAGAAUAUGACAUGAAGACAGGAAAUCACAGACAGAGCGGCUGUGGGACUGACCGACGGAGCUCAACUGGCCGAAGAAACCAAAGAUUACUGACGGAUCCGCUUUAAAACAUUUCAGAAUUUAAUUUUGUUUCAAAAACCAGAAUGUAGAAAACAACAGUACGAAAACAGUUUGCUCAUUUUUACAUCUACAACACUUUCCAACAUCAAAGUCUGGGAAUAUUCUAUAUUCUUGAUUAAAUCAACAAAUUCCAUGAAAAGAAUGAAAAUGACGACACAGAUUAGACCAAAUGUAGACUAAUCAGCUGAUCAAACACACUGUCCCCUGUUCCAAUAACGUUUGUUAGAAACUACAGUGACCAGCUGUCUGAGCUGACCGAGCUGUCUGUUAGUUUGGGUCUGCACAUCAGACUUGUCAUCAUCAAUGACAACAACAUUAACGAACACCAGGGCCUGAACUUACUGAACCCUUCUCAACACACAGAAAAGAAAAGGCACUUCAGCAACGUCAAAGGUAAAAAAGCAUGUGAGCGUGAUCACUUGGUGUUCAGUCAGAGUGAAAACCUGCAGUUUAUUCUCUCCUGAUGACCACAGGACUGCAACACAAAGAAAACUCUGCAGUCAACAAAAAUAAAACACAUCAAACAUGAUAUCGUCCAAUAUUCACAAUGAAGUGUUGAACAUCAGGUGCUGGUUCACACUGAUAUAAAACAGAAAGGAGGGUACCACCACAGCAGCCGUCACCGUCGUCCCUCUUGUCCCGUUAUCUCUCCACUGUAAACUCUCCAAUAAAGCCGUGCAGUAGAAAAAGACUGAAGAACUUGGAGUCGGUCAGCUGGCAGUGGCAUUAGUGCAGCCCCACGACUUCUACUUGAUCCUGAUCUCGAAGCAGAGACAGUUACAGGAGUCGCACUCAGGGGGCUGACAGGUGCAGGCACAGUCCCAUUUGACACACUGAGGGAAAACAUAUCAGACGUUCAGUGAGGAGAAACACGAGAGUUCAAUGAAAUGAUUAUUCAAACUUUCUCUGGUGAGCUUUUCCCUGACAAACACGAUGCUCCUGAUAAAAGAAAAAGAAAGAAACAGGCUGCUGUGAGGCGCUGACGGACUUUAACUCAGAAAUCCAGCUUCUCCUGCCCAAACUACGAUGUGAGACUGGUGUUUCUCCAUGAAAUGAGACGCAUGAGGUGGAAACCACUAGAUUUGUGUGGAUAAAAAGGCCAAAAUGGAGAGAAAAGGAUGUUUUUCAUUGUAUACACAUUGGUUUUAAUUGUGAGUCUUUGCUAGUUAGUGACACAAAGAUAAACAUCCUGCCCUGGUGGAACAAGAAAGUCCUGUUCUACUCUCUCGAUUUUCACAGCAGAGCAAAAUGAAAGGAAAUCAAAAUCUACCUCAGAACUGGUUCUGAGACUGCUUUGGAAAAGGCUCAGCAGUGUCAACACCCGAUUUUAACUUGUGGUUAAUGAACUGCUGAACGACUUUGUUUAAAAGUUACUUACAGAGGAAGAAGGGCACGAUUUGGUCCAACACGAGUGCACAGUCGGCAGAGUGCAGUUACACAUUUCUGCCAGUCUGAAGCACUGAUCACACACAGAAAAGUCUGGACAGCAAUCACCACACUCUGAAGAACAGCGGUCCUUCAGGAGAGAGAAAACAGGAAUCAGCAUCACUCGCCACAUGGACAUUUUCUCUCUUUAUAAUAUAAUAUAAUAUAAUAUCUGUAUAAUAUAAUAUAAUAUAAUAUAAUAUAAUAUAAUAUAAUAUAAUAUCUGUAUAAUAUAAUAUAAUAUAGCAUCUGUAUAAUAUAACAAUAUAUUUUUAAUAAAAAUAAGACAAUCCACAGUGGUGAUUAAGCUAUGCUUCUAAGUUCAGUUCACACAUUUUAUUGACUUUACAUUUUACAAAGUGCCUCUCUAACAGUGACCCGGUCAGCAGUACCAACCUUCAGGCAGGAUCGGAUCCACAGCCCAAACCCCAGCACGAUCAUGUAAAGACUCAGAGUGAUCAUCAGCACUGCUGGGAGAGGGAUGGCGAGCCCCCAGACAGGCAACACCUGAAGAAAAGGACCAUCGAAAUAUGAAAGGACAUCUAACAGACGAGAGCUGAGUGGAUACUUCACGGAUGGUAUCCAGGUAAAAGUGGUCUUGCUUACUUGCAUUGUGUGUUUCUGAGAGGACACCUUCAGCUGUCUCACGCCUCACGUCAAAUCUGAGAAUUCUGACAGAAAAGAUCGAGCAGAGAACAAACGGGAAAUAUUAAGGCUUUCAAAAAGCCUGUUCAGUUUCUUUUUCUCUGAAUUUAUGCAAAUAUGUAUGCAAAAUUGAAACUGCGUGAUGUUUUCUGUCUGAUCAAAUCGUUUCCAUGCAAAUACUCGUACGCACCACAAGUCUUGAGUAGGGUCCAUUUAAAUGAUAUGAUCAUAGUAAGGAAGUACAGAUUGGAAAAUGAGAUAAAAGUUUUGCAUUGGACGGCCUAUGACACUAAUUUCAGGCCAGGGACUCUGGAUCAGAAAUUUAAACAAUGGGCAAAUAGAGGCCUGAAUAUAUUAGAUACAGUAAUUGAAAAAAGAGAAAUCAAAAGCUUUCCUAAAUGAAGAAGGGAUGGAUAUGGAUUAGAACAUCAAGAUUUUUACAUGUAUUUACAAGUCAGAGACUAUUUUAAUAAAGAAAUAAAGCCAGACCUCCCAGGUGAACCAAAUAAAGUGAGUGUGACUCUAUGUAACAAAUUAGGAAGAGUAAUAUCUGAAUUGUACCAGGGUAUGGUAGCAAAUAGAAACACUUCAACUUUGUACAUAAGAGAUAAGCAGGAGAAAGAACUAAAGGAAGUAAUAACUGACGAGAUGUGGUAUAACAUAUUUAAAACACAGCAAACAACUAGUUAUUCCAGAAUAUGGAAAGAAUUUUGCUGGAAAAACAUUGUGAGAUUUUUCAUCACACUGAAAAUGAAAAAGGGACGAUCACCUGUUCAACGCCUCUGCUGGAGACUGGGGGGGGAACAGAAUGUGGGUCACACACAUAUUUUUUGGUAUUGUACCAAAAUUACAAGAUACUGGAAUGAUGUGUGGAAAGAGAUGAAAAAGAUAUAUGAGCUGCCUAAAACAUGCAUUGUACUAUUCUUGUGAAAUGUAACGCAAGAAAACAUCCAAGACAGAGACUGGUAUCUGAUUGAGAUUUUACUGGCGGCUUCCAAGAAAGCCAUCACAAGGAAAUGGUAUGAAGAAGACCCCCCUACUUGGAGGAACUGGAUGGAGAUCAUUGAUGAGAUCCACGUUAUGGAGAAAAAUGGACUGUCUACAAGAAACAGCAUAAAGACUAAAAGUAAUUUUACUGACACUAUGUUCUAUGUGUUGUGUUGUUGAAAUGAGAAAAUCAAUAAAAUAUAAGUAAAA